AUGAACUACGAGCGGAUGGCAAGUGGUCUUCCGUUCGAGCACCGUCUCGGCUCUCGAGCGGAAGUGCUCUUUCGGCUUCAGUAUAGGAAGGAUGAUCUUGACGUGGUGGGCGACGCCGUUCCGUCCAGACAGCUGGUUUCGCUGAAACGAUGA